AGGAAGGAAAGGAAGGAAGAAAAAGCCCUUGCAUUUCUCAUGAACUGUGGAGUCGUCUUGGGUUUCUAUUGUUGGGGUUGGGAGUUCUUAACUGCCCUUCUUCUCUUCUCCCCUUAUCCUUGAAUCUCUUCUUCUUCUUCUUCUUCUUCUUCUUCUUCUCUUUUUUUUUUUUUUUUAAAUUUUACAUAAUAUACAUCUCACUUUCUAAACUUGGAAAUUCAUUAAUGGAGUCUAUGGCAAGUGAUCAUAAUAAGGGUUUGUUAGAAUAUGUUAGGAAAUCAACACCACCACCAUUUUUGUUGAAGACUUAUAUGCUGGUAGAGGAUCCGGCAACCGACGACGUUAUAUCAUGGAACGCCGAAGGAACAGGGUUCGUGGUGUGGCAACCGGCGGAGUUUGCUCGUGAUCUCCUUCCAACACUUUUCAAGCACAGCAACUUCUCUAGCUUUGUCCGGCAGCUUAACACUUAUGGUUUUAGGAAAGUUGCGACUAGCCGAUGGGAAUUUUGCAACGAUAUGUUUCGGAAAGGCGAAAGAGAGCUACUUUGCAAUAUUCGAAGAAGAAAAGCAUGGGCCAACAAGCAACAAACUGGCGCAGCAAUUCAAGUCUCACCACCACAGGAGUCCGACGAAGAUCAGAGAUCUUCGUCAACUUUUUCGUCUUCAGGAUACAACAUCCUAGUCGACGAAAACAAGCGUCUCAGGCAGGAAAAUGGGGUCUUAAGCUCGGAGGUGACAAGCAUGAAAAGAAAAUGCAGGGACCUUCUUGACUUGGUGGCUAAGUAUGAACAGUUCGAGAAAGAAGAAGAUGAUGACGAUCAUGAUGAUAAUGACAGUCCGAAGCUGUUCGGAGUGAGGUUGGAAGUUGGAGAGAGGGAGAGGAAAAGAAGGAUAGCAGAGAUUAUUAGUGAAAGCGCAAGCAUUUUACUGUCUCAAUCAUGCAAAUAAUAUAUAAUUUCAUGUUGUAGAAAUUAGAAUAAUGAUUAAGCUACUUCAAAUGAAAAAAAAAAAUUUGUAGCAAAAAUUAACAUAUAGAUUAAUUAGGUCUUUAAUUGCGAGCAUGUAGUGAUAAAUUUGCAUGUGUACAUUACAUGUUUAUGUGCCCUUUUGGUUGGUGUUUGAAUCAUGCACAAGCCUCCUUACUACACUUAUUUUAAUGGUUGAAACAAGGCCCCUAUGUUGUU